AUGAAGUUAAGUUUUGUGCUGGGCAUCUUCGCCCUCAUCGCGCUAUCGAGCGCAAGGGAAAUAAGACAGAAACGUGACGUUGAUCUCGAACCCGCGGCAUCCCACCAUCACGAGAAGGGUGGAGGGAAGGAACAUCACCACCAUCACCAUCACGAACACGACGAGAAAGGCCAUAAGGAACACAAGGGGCACCACGACCAUGAACACGAACAUAAGGGCCAUCACGACCAUGCCGGCCACAAAGGACACCACGACGAUCACGGCGGACACAAGAAACACCAUCACCACGAAGACGGCCACCACCACCACCACCACCACGGUGAGAAGGGAGAGAAAGGACACGGAUUCGAAGAGAAGGGCCACUACCACAAAGGACACUCUACUAAAGGACAUCACGGUGUACACAAAAUAGAUGAGUUCAAGAAGGACAAACACUUCCACGACAGGCACGGAGAGUCGGGCCACCACGAAGGACACGGAGGCCACCACGAGGAGCACGGCCACAAGAAGGGCGGACACUUCCAUCACGGCCACAAGCACGGCGGACACCACGAACAUCACCAUGGCAAGAAAGGACACCACGAGAAGGGUGGACACCACCACGGACACGAGGGCCACCACGACGAGGGCGGCCACCACGAACACCACCACCACCACAAGGGCUCCGGGAAAAAGGGCGAGCAUGGUGACCACAAACAUUGGGGCUUCAAGAAGGGACAUUAA